GACGAAAGCCAUUGAGGGCAUUACAAAUGACAUACCCCGGGACAUACCAUCAAACGGUUUGGAAUCAGUUUCGUUGGUGAGACUGUAUCAGAAGCAACCAAUAACAAGUUACAUCUACAAAGCACGGUUUGUCACCACGUACGGGUAUAAACAGAAACUAAUUUCUCGGUUUUGUUUAAAACACUGUGGGGAGUUGAAGCAUAAAUGAGCAAGCAUCGAGGACACUAAGGCUCUUUCUAGAAUGGAGGUUACCUAGGUUGGUCAUUAGAGGCCUGUAAAAGUUUACAUAUUUCGAUAAUUCAAGCAUUCCUGCAUGCUUAUGUUGAUCGAAAUUGACUUUACCAAACAGUUUUCUCAAGGAGAUACAUAAUUUCGACUUAGAAAAAUGGAGGGAACACCAGAUAGUGCGAAUUCUGAUCAUCGUCUGAUGAUCUGGUGCGUUCCGCGCUCGGGAUCCACUGCUCUGCUGAAGUGCAUAAGCUUCCUACAAGUACCGACGGCGACUAAAGACAGCAGUGAUGGAGUCGCUACCUCCAGCCAUGAAAAGGAAGCUGAUGCGGAUUCAAAGAGUGGUACAGAGGCUUGGUUUGAGCCAUAUAACAUGUCCCGCUAUGUCAGGAUGGCCAACAGGAAGGUACACAAGGAGGAUUUGCCGCCAGAACUCGACGGCAACGAAGAGAAAUACCAUGGCGCCCUCAAGUCAAUGAACUCCAUGUUUCAGAUGGUGCCAGGAGGAGUGAAAAAUCCCAAUCUCUAUUUGAUCUCACUCAAAGGAAUCCAACAAACACUGGAGAAUUCUCAGAGCAAGAUCGUAGUCGUAAAAGACAUGGCAUCUGGUAUCCAUGGUCAUUUCAACUUUAUCCCUACCGGAUUCCGUCACGUAUUCCUCAUCAGGGAUCCGAGACAGGUGUUCCCUUCUCUCCGGAAACUGUUCGUUGGUUUCCUCAAACUUGACGAAGAGGCCAUGGCUAAAGCGGACAUUCAGAAGUUCCACCCUUUCUACACUGCGCAUCACUGGUUUGGAGAGCUUUACGACUUGUGGAAGCACGUGCGGUCGACCUUCGACCCAAACCCCGUGAUCCUGGACACCGCAGAUCUCUUGCGCCAUCCAGAACCAUGCUUGAGGAAGAUCUGUGUGGCGAUUGGCGUUGAAUACCAGGAUGGUCUUCUCGAGUGGAGUGCAUCACCGGAUGUAGUUGGGAGGUGGAAGAACGGGGUUUCAGAGUCACUCAGUGCCGAUAAUGUGCGACAAACGAUUGGUUUGAAGCGGGCGUUUGAGUGCAGUCAUUUCGCCCCUCCAGCUACCACAAAGCCUCCUAGUGCGCCCUCUACGUUUACCCCAGACUGCUUCCGGAUAAUCAAGGAAUGCGAGGGAUGGUACAGGGAGAUGUAUCAACAUAGGUUCGUACCAACUUCUGACUGA